CGGCCGGGGGGGGGGGGGGGGGGGGGGGCACAGCCGCACAGGAGGACCGCGGACGGCGCGCGGCGGAGCAGGACGCCGCCGACGGUCGGCGAGCUGCGAGUACCGGACUGGAGGAGUCAACAGGUUGAUAUCUGAGAGCAAGUCUGCAUGGCAUCUUCUGAAACUAGCGCCGCACCAGCAGCACGGAGCUCAGAUGUGGCUGGACAUUCAACUCCAGAUGCCACACCGGACAGUAGUGCCGAAGCAUCACAAGGUGCCGCUGAUGGGUCUGUCAGAGUUGGCAAUAAGAGAAGAAAACUUCCAUCAUUCAUAUGGAGCGAUUUCGAGAAACUGUUUCUUGACGGGGAAUGGAAAGCUGAGUGCAUCUAUUGCGCCGAAGUUCUCCCUGCAGAAGCUGCAGGUGGCACUUCACACCUGGAGGACCACCUGAUGUCGUGUGCUGAUUGGCAGGCACUGGCAGCCCCACAAGAAUCAAGGUUGUCAAAGGCUUACGACGGGGAAGCCGAUUGGGAGGAUGUUCUGUUUGAUCAAGAUGUUGCCAGGAAACAGCUUGCGAUGAUGAUCUGUGCCCAUGAUUACCCUCUGUCUAUCGUCAAUCAUGCGGGUUUUCAGAAACUGUGUUACGCAUUACAACCAAUGUUUCAGAUGGUAUCAAGGAAUGACAUUAGAAAAGAUAUUUUGGGUAUGUAUGCAGCCGAGAAGGAUAAGAUGGUGAAGUAUUUUGCAGACUUUAAAGGUCGAGUUGCCAUCACUACGGACAUGUGGACUGCAGAACAUCAGAAGAGAGGUUACUGCAGAACAUGGUAGUCACUGCACAUUUCCUCGAUGAAUCUUGGCAACUCAAGAGUUUUAUGUUGAGGUUUGUUUAUGUGCCUGUCCCACAUAAUGCUGCAGUCAUAUGCCAAGCACUGCAUGAGUCCCUUGUUGAGUGGCAUCUCGAGAGAAAGAUAUCGAUAAGUUGGAUUUGAAAUCUCUUCUAUUGGAGGGUAAAUAUCUGCAUAUGCGCUGUGGUGCACAUAUGCUUAAUCUGAUUGUGAAAGAUGGCAUGGAUCUCAUGGAGAAGGGUAUAGAGCGGGUUCGUGAUGGUGUUGCAUAUUGGUCAGCUACUCAUGGGAGACAUGAGAAAUUUGAAAAAAUGGCGCACACUCUGAACAUUGAAUACAAGGAAAGGUUGUUUCUUGAUUGUAAAACCAGAUAGAAUUCAACCUACAGAAUGCUAACUAUUGCAUUAGAAUACAGAGAUUUUUGAAACACUAAAGGCACGUGAGAAAUUAUUUAGUUGUUGUCCAACCAAAGAUGAUUGGAAGUUUGCCAAGGAACUUUGUGAUAGGCUUAAAAUUUUCUAUGAUGUCAGCGAGUCAUUUUCAGGCACUAAAUAUGUUACUGCAAAUAUGUUCUUUCGUAAAAUAUGUUGCAUUCAGUUGGCAAUACGGAAAUGGGCUGCCAGUGACAAUGAGCUUGUGCAAACAAUGUCUGAGGAAAUGAAGCGGAAAUUUGACAAAUAUUGGAAAGAUGUACUUGAUCUUAUGUCUGUCGCAACUGUUCUUGAUCCAAGGUACAAGCUUCAUAUGUUGCAAGCUAUUUUUGGUUCUCUCUAUGGAACGGAACAUGCAGCUGUGGAAGUUGCCAGAAUAAGGAAUUUAAUGGCUAAUUUGCUGAAACAAUAUCAAGAAGCUGAUGGGGUUGUGGCUACAUCAGAGGCUGUUAGCAGUGCUGCUUCAGGAGCUGGUGGAGAAGAUGACAUAAUGGACAUAUUUGAUCAAUAUAUGUCCUCACGGCCUACUAUCGGUGCUUCUCCAGUGCAGACAGAAUUGGACUUGUACUUGGAAGAGGAAAUUAUCCGUAGAAUACCAGACGAAGACAUCAUGACUUGGUGGAAGUAUGGGGGUGCAAAGUAUCCUACUUUGCAAAGAAUUGCUCGUGAUAUAUUGCCUAUCCCUGCAUCAGCUGUGAUAUCAGAAUCAGCCUUUAAUACGAAGGGCAGGCUGCUUAGUCCACAUCGUGGCCAACUUGCGCCAAGCAUGGUAGAAGCUAUUAUGUGUAUGAAGGCUUGGUCCCGUGCUGACAUGAUUGGGGACGGCAAUUCGACCCUCUGUGCAGUGUUUCAGAGUGUUCUUGAUGAUGAAGAAGAAAUGAUGGAUGACUCUGAAUCUAUGGUAACGGAAGACUAGUCUGCCAAGAGGCGAAGAACCGAAGAUGAUGCCUAGAAGCUACUGUCGUCCUUCUAUUUAUAAAUGAGAAUUGCGAUGCACUUAUGUUUGUCUCGCGGCUGUACUUGUGCUUAUUUGAUGGCGUGCGAUGUCAUUUUGUGAGAAACCGAGACUGAGAAUUUAUGUGUUUGCCACUUGUGCUUAUUUGCUAUUACCUGAAGUGCUAAAUAUUAGAAUUGA